AUGGCACAAACCAUGAACGCAGUCCGUUUCUAUCCUCCCGGAGGACCGGAGAAGCUCAGCUACCAGACCGAACCAGUCCCGUCUCCCCCUUGGGAGAAACAAGUCUUGAUCAAGGUCCAUGGUGUCGGCCUCAUUUGGCCAGAACUUUAUUGGCCAAUAUAUCAGAGUCCUGCCGGCGACUAUGUCUCACAUAUUCCCGGGCAUGACUUCUCAGGGGUCGUAGUCGCAGUCGGUCCCGGGUGCGAGGGCCGCGGCAUUGAGGUCGGUGCAGAGGUUUAUGGGCUGACCAGCCGAAGGAACCAUGAAGGCGCCAUGGCCGAGUUUGUCAAAGCCGACGUUGACCAAGUUGUGCUUAAACCGCGUAAUCUGGCCUUUGUCGAAGCAGCCGCUAUUCCGUUGAGCGCGUUGACUGCUUGGCAGGCGCUGUUUGAUCAUGGCAAGCUGAAGAAAGGCCAAAGAGUAUUGGUGACUGGCGGUGCCGGCGGCACUGGUGUGUUUGCGACGCAAUUUGCAAAGAUGUUUGGGGCAUACGUCAUUGCCACCGGGUCUUCGGCGAGAAGUCGCGAGAUCCUUGAGGGGUACGGAGUGGAUGAGUUCAUCGACUAUAAAGCUACCGAUCUCAAGAGCGCUGUCAAGGACAUCGACCUGGUGCUGGAAUGUGUGGGACAGACCGUGUUGGAGCAGUGCUUCGAUGUCGUCCGAAAAGAAGGAACGAUCGUUAGCAUAGUAACGGUAAACUGCAAAGAGGAAGCGUUGAAACGUGGGAUCGAUGGAAAAUUUUUCAUUGUUUGCAUGAACGCUGAGCAGCUGAACAAUAUCACGAAGAUGGUGGAAGAUGGGACGAUCAAGCCUAUCAUCGAUGCAACCUACCCUCUUGAGGAAACGCGGAAAGCCUUCGAAGAGGCCUCAGCGGGACAUGUGCAUGGCAAGGCUGUCAUCAGAGUGGUGUGA